GGCCAGCAGCACCCUCAGGCGACACCCGGGCCCGCCACGGGGCUGAGCUCAGCGCCUGGAUUCCGACUCUGGGAGAAGGUUCUGGGAAAAGGGAAGCCGUGCCCGCUGUGAGGAGGAGCUGGGCUUGGGACUCCGCCCUGGAAAAAAGGCGUAACCUGAGGCCACCGAAAAGCCGAGAUGCAGACGGCGAGACAAGUUCGCUCCCAGGACCCUGGACAGCGGCGGGUGCUGGACCGAGCAGCCCGGCAGCGGCGGAUCAAUCGACAGCUCGAGGCUUUAGAGAACGACAAUUUCCAGGAUGACCCCCACGCAGGCCUUCCCCAGCUGGGCAAGAGGCUGCCUCAGUUUGAUGACGAUGCAGACACAGGAAAGAAAAAGAAGAAAACUCGAGGUGACCAUUUCAAGCUUCGCUUCCGGAAAAACUUCCAGGCUUUGCUGGAGGAGCAGAACCUGAGUGCGUCUGAGGGUCCCAACUACUUGACAGCCUGUGCGGGUCCCCCAUCCCGACCCCAGCGCCCCUUCUGUGCUGUAUGUGGCUUCCCAUCCCCGUACACCUGUGUAAGCUGUGGUGCCCGGUACUGCACGGUGCGCUGCCUGGGCACCCACCAGGAGACCAGGUGUCUGAAGUGGACCGUGUAAACCUGCAUCAGGAGAGGAAGUGCCCCCCAGCCCUUCCCCCAGCUCAUCCUCAAAGGGUAGAGAGAAGAGCCGUCCAUUCACCCAGCGAAGCUGUCCUGCCCAACCAACGGAGACCACACGGACCCCAGGGACUGUUGUAGGAUUGGUCUAACCCACAGAGUUAUAAUAGAUGUAAAUAUAAAAAGUGAUCAUAAAUGGCCCAGCGAAAAGAA